AUGUCUGUCGAUAAUCGCGUUCUACGAAACGGUGCUCCAUCAACCGUCGCUCGCCAUCUUCUCGACGCAUUGGCUAAGACAACUGAGGACGUCAUCUCAGCCCACCUACUCGAAAGUGUGAAGAACGAAUCAAUCUCUCCUGUCACCUUCAAGAUCUGGCUCAGCAUUCGCAAAACUCCACGUACACUUUUGCACGCCUUGAAUCAAGACUUCUCUGCGCUAGUGCGGGGACAAGCAAUCAGGCAACUAGGCAGAGAAUUACGAGGAGCAAAAUGGAGGGAAACAUGGGACGGAGUCGGCCAAAUAUCCGGAGUUGUAUCUCUGCUCAGCCAAUUCUCUGUAUCAGAUGUUCGAUACUUCACUAUAACAAUCGGUAGAUGCGGCUCGGGCGUGGACGUUGAGGAAAAGCGAGAGGUGAUUACCCGACUAGUCCGUUCCCUUCACCCUGAUCUAUUUAAAAAGAACGAAGACUCCGAAACCCAAAAAGUUUUGGACGACCGCCCUCUCAACGAUUAUGCCGAGGACCUUCUCCCAGGCUGUGCAGCCACAACCAUAGACCAACUUUGGAGAACUUCUUCCCUAGAUCACCACACAACAUUAUUUGUCAAGCAUCACCCGGACUUAUUCAGAAAGAUAUGCGUCGAAGAGAUUCUCUCGAAAAGUGAAGACAGGACCGCGAGCACCUUUUAUCUUCCAAGUCUUCUCCGACACUCCCCACCGCGCUCGAGCCAAGCCCCCGGCCUUUCCGAAUCCAUGUUAUUCUCUCUGAAUCUUCUCCGUCAGCUCGUCCAAUCCGAGAAGGCAACUAUAUCCGAGAAGACAUUUAUACGAGAGCUUGUAGAGCCGCUGAUACGCCGAGCGUACCGAAAGUUCAAACUCACGAGAGAGUGGGAUCGAAUCAAAGAAAUCGUGGACCUCAGUCUGGCGUACAUCAAGCUGCACCCAAGUGCCGCUAGCGAAGUUGAUUUGAACAGUGAUUUUGUCUACUACAUCGUUCGGUGUUGGUCAAACGAGGAGCAGAUGUUUCAAGGUCAACUAUUGACGCUCCUGCAAAUCGCGCUGAAACGGUCCAAAAGCUCCAUCGCCGACUACCAUGGUAUUUUUCGCGCACUUGUCCGUGAAGACCAAAAAUCGCUCCGCUACAAACUACUCCGGUUUUGUUUCCUGGCUCAAGACGAAAACAGUGGCGAUAUUGACAGGAUUGAGGAUUUGAGGAGUAUUCCGAUCACAAACUGCCCACCUGGCUUAUUCUUUUCAUUGGAGCGCCAGGAUGCAAUAGCGCUCUUACGUCGCCUCCGUAAGGCCAAGCCCGAAGAGGAAUUCCUUACACUAGGAGAACGCGCCUCUAUCCUUUAUCGCUCUCCAAUGAUUGACACAGAGUAUGGCGACGCAUCGCUAUUGCUGUUGCUACUAGAAAAAAACGACGUGUCCGAAGAAUGGCUGGCUGGCGUCAAGAAAUCUGUCGAUGAUCGGAGAAAGAGGUCGGCCGUCAGCCGUGAGCCGACCGAUCGAGCCUUCUACGCAAACUCGGCAAUUUGGUAUGCCGUUGCCAGUGGCUCGUUGGACCUUUACGAAGAAACGCUGCUGUGGGCGCGCCGGUACAUUCGUGAUCCUCUCGCCGCCAAGGAACUUUACAGCAAUGACAGGUCGACCUUGGAUACUACUGAAAGCUUUAAGCUUCUCUCGGGGAUCCCAACAGUCAUAUCAUACGAUCUACCCAAAGACGUCUUGCGCUCAAGAUUGGUGAAGGCGAAUCAGAUAAUUUACCAAGUUUUCGAGACGGCAUGUAUGGCCUUGAAGGAACCUUCGUUUCAAAGGUCCGACUGGAACGCGCCGUUAGAUCUUUUUAGAGAAGUCACCCUCCUCCGCGUCGAGCGAUCCAAGGAAGUUCAGAAAACCCUCAAUCUCUCGGAUGAUAUGACAUACGAAGUGCUCUGGAAAGAUUCACUAGAAUUGAUUCUUAAGGUGGAGAAGGAGGCUAUGAAAAGCGAGAACGAACAGUUGCGCUUCAGACAUCCAUAUGCACCUUUCCGGACGAGCAGCUUCGAUGGGCCCUACGCUAUUACUGAUGGCGCUCCUGCUACCUACCGUUUCUUUGACAACCUUGCCAAGGCCCGAAAUGAAAUAUGGUGCGCAUAUCGACCUACUAUAGUUCCAGCUACGGCAUCUCUAUCCUCGCCAUGGCCUCGAGGUCUGGGUAUCCAGUUCCUUACUGACCCUUGGGAGAUGAGAGCAUUUCCUCCCGAGAAGCUGACUCCAUACAUGGCGUCUCGCGCUAGUGCUAUCGUGUUCCAGGAUCCGGACGAAGCUCUCGCACCAUUGCCCGAGGAUGACGAGACAAGACUCGCAGUAGGAUCGUUCAUUGACGAUUAUUGUGCCGCUCUAGCAAUAUACAUCCCUCCGUCAUGCGAGGGCGACGAAAGAGAAAAGCGGAUCACACUUGCGUGGAAUCAUGCUGUAGGCCCUCUAAGCUCUAGGCGAAUGUCGAAUGUAGAAGCGGAAGAGUAUUGGCAUCCCAAGUUUACCGGUACCCUUGGAAAAAAGGGGAUGCCUCCACGAAAACUCACCACCUUCCACAAGUACCAACCUUCCACCCAAAAAUAUCAACCGCUUCCAAAAGAAGUUGAUCCUUCAGAGACCGUCGAGUGGAACCCUUUCAAGCCUACGCAACCAAUAGUUCCCAUUCGAAACCUUCCCCCGACGAGGCUGGACUGCUCGGUUGUAGAAGAUAACCGGAAUCACUCAGAUCUCGCAGUACCUUUCAGACCCAUGAAAAUCCCGGAACAUGGAAUCACCUUUUUAGAGAAGAAAUCUGUACGCCGGUGGGCGUAUCCGACACAGGCGUACCUGACCGAGGAGCAACUUUAUCCGACUGAAGUGCAGCCUUCACCGGAGAUUAGGGAAGCUCAGAUUGCUUCAGCACUACUACUUCUGGACAGCAGAAUAAAAGGGCCAUCCAGACUCUUUUCCGCCCCUUUCCCCUCUUCGUUUGACAUCAGGUACCCGUCGCUUUUCCUCGACGAGGACUUUCUCCUCAACCUAGACACGAAGGAAAAGGAUGCGAGAAGUAUCUUGGCACGGCAUAUCGCUUCAGUACCACCGAGCGUGCUUCAGUCACUUACCAAAUCAGCAUUGAAUGCCAUAUCCAACAACCCAACGGAUCUAGUGGAAGCUGAGCGCAUCGCAUAUAGUCUCGUCACGCUCCUAGGGAAAAGCGAUCGCCCACAGUUCGCCUCAUCCCUGAUAACGCAAACCACCAUCGAGAAUCCUGACGCCAGCUCGUGGCAUCGACAAUGGCUAUCGAAAACCUUCCUAUGCCGCCUGCCAGCUUCUCAAGCUCGAGAAACGAUACAAUCCUUCUCAUCCGGCAUCACCGCCAAGCUGAAAACCCAAUCCCAACGCCCUCCACCAACGAGCGCUGGAAAGGCCGCCACCACUCCCUCAAAAUCCCUCAUCAAAAUCACGACCGUCAAAUACCUCGCACAACUCCUCGACGGCGGAAAGUUCGUUUCAAAACGCGUCACCGUCGACGUCCUCGUCGACAUAUUCCAAAACUCCACACACCUAGACAUCCGCGUCGCCGUCAUCACCGCAAUGCUGAACCUCCUCCUUCAAUGCCCCGAAGACGUCUCUAAUCCACUAGCAACGCAGCUCCUCACAUCCCUCAAAACCACCAUCCCUAUUGCGGGCAGCCUUAACGAACGGCGCCACCUAACCGAAGCGGAAUGGCAGGCCUCGGAAUCCACCCAAACAGCCCCCGAAGUCUACGACGAAGGCAACUUCGCCACCUGGCCGCCGAUUUUCGAAGCUAUAGCGCGCUUCGUAAAGAACUCCACCCACAGCGCCUUCUGGCGCAAGCAAAUCUUCACUACCAUCCUCCUCCCCAUCACCGACGCCUCCCGCCGCAACCUCGCUCGCUGGGCCGCGAUCUUCCUUGCGCAGCACGGCUUCGCGCUCUCUGCCUCAGACCUCCCGCGCAUCCCAUUCCGGCCCGAGGCCUUGCAAAUCGUCGAGACGCACCCGACGUGGACGCCCAAGAAGUAUCUGGAUAUCUACCACGCCUACGUGCUGCUGAAUAUCCACCCGCCGGCCGCGCUGGUCACGCUGAGGGAGAUGAUACUGACGCUCCCCGCGGACGAGCGCAAGAGCAGCCAGAACGGGAAUUUCCUGCACCUCUUCAACGCCGCGCCCGAGGUGUGGAUGCUGCAGCGCGUGAACCUCUGUUCCCUGCUCAAACGCCCCUGGCAGGCGAGCGAGGUGCCCGACGGCAUCGAAUUUGCAGACGUCGAGCGCGUGGUGCUCGAGCAGGCGAAGGCGGUCCUCCAAUGCCCUGAACCUAAUUUCGGGCUGUGGAAGCAGUUCAGAAUGAAGGUGUUGGACCCGGAUCUCCGUCCGCUGACCGCCGAUAACGCGGCAGGGAAGCAGGCGUGGGUGGAGAACAUCAAGCCGCUCGUUGAGCAGCUCGUCGAGUAUAUCGACGGCUUGCGGACGGAGGCGUGGCAGCGGGAUCCGCGGCGCGUGCCGGCGUAUCUCCCGUCUACGCUCGAGUUACGGGUGUUGCUGCUGCCAUAUCCGAGUCUUCCGUCGUCGCAGGGGGAGGCGGAGAGGUGUCGGGUGUUUGCUGACAGCGUUGUGGGGUUCAUUGAGGGGUUUGCGGAGGGGAAGAAGCCGUAUCAUGCUGAUUUUAGGAAGGUGAGGGCGGCGGCGAUGAUGUGUCCGAGGGAGCAUAAGCUAAGGGUGGCGUGUGCGCUUGGGGAUGUGGAGCUAGAGGAGGUGGAUGUCGCGGGCUAUCUUAGGGUUGAGCUGGCGGAUGAGCUGGUGAGGGCGGUGGCGAUGUGGAAAGGGAAUGACGAGGAUGCUGUGGCGAAGACGAAAGAGAUGAUAGAGAAAUGGGCAGGGAGUGAGGAUGAGGUUGUGAGAAUGGUGGGGGUGAGAUUGGAGGAGGUGGUAAAGGGGUGGGUAUGA